UCAAAAUUUAUAUCCUUUUCUUUUAAUCGUCCGCCAAAUUUGCUUCCGUCGGCGUCUUCAAAAGUCUCUGAGAUUCGCCGAUGGCGACUUCGGGAUCAAGCUACAGUCUCUCGACAGCUCCACCUCUCGCGAAUUUAGGGAAUGCGGCUGGUGUUUGUAUAAUGAGCAAUGCAUGGAAAGGUGAGCAGGACUCUUCCCUCAUCAGUUUCGUAACCGCCUUUCUCAGCUCAAACUCUUUCAGGCUCAACUUUGUCUCCAUCUCCCCUGAUCUGAUCUUCAAUUGUGGAGGCGUGUCUAUUGCUUUUGUUUUUGUGACCAAGUGGAAUGAUUGUUCAAAUGUUGGCUCCAUCUUCAACAGAGUCAAGAGGCUGAAAACGCAAUUUGCGUGUCUUUACGUUGUUGCCACACUUUCAUCCCAAGAACAGAAUGAUUCCUUCAUGCGAUCUUACUUCCAAUAUGAGAUGGAGUUUGGGAAACCUGCAUUUGUACUAGUCACUGAUCCUGAGAUGGGAUUCGAGAAGAUUGUUAAGAUUGCUCUCUCUCGCGGGGUGUGCAAGCAACAGAAGGGGGUGUCUAAGCUCAAGGUUGAGAAAAAGCGAACUGUCCAGGAUACAGACAUGUUCGUCAGAGUUCUCACAUCCAUACCCAACAUUAACAAACAUGAUGCAAACUCGCUAUACCAAGCUAUCGGUUCAAUCGAAGCUGCCGCUAAAACAUCCAAAGAAGACAUAUUAGCAAACACAGAUCUCUCUUCCGACAAGGCUGAUAGUCUCAGCAGGUUUUUCCAGGAUCCCGAGUUCUACCUCAGUCCCAAAUUCAACUGAUGACUGCGAAAAAUAACAAAUUUUCUGGACAAGGCUGAGAUGCUUACAAGGAUUGUUUGUAGUUCUCUUCUGUAAUUACUAUACAUACAUCUACAGGAGCCACUACCGGGUAUGUUAAAUGAUUCACUUCUUCACUCGGGUCGUCAAAUUUUAUCGUAAAGUUAGCAUAGAUCUAUUAAGAUAAUGUCGGUUAGACAACCAGUACAAAACAUGUUGAUCUGUCAACGUCAUUAUCCAACUUGUAGCGUCAUGCCAUGUCAGUAACAGAAAAUAAUGCUUAGUGAAUGACAGCAAGAUUACUUAAAAACUUCAGAGAUUUACCGGAGAAAGAAAUCAAAUAACGCGUAGAAAAUCAAUCCUAAACCACUCUCUGUUUUGGUGCACACAAAAAGAAAAAAAAACUACUCUCUGUUUUAUAAUUGUCCCGUCGAUUUGGUCAUCACUAGGUUUCACAUUUACAAA